AUGACUCUGGAUCUGACUCCCGCGGAGGAGCACUACCUCAAGAGAGAGCUUCUAAAGCAGGAGCUCGUACGGGAAAUUGAAGGCCUGGAUGAUCCGAAGGCUCUUCGAAGGUUCGGAUACCCUUUUUCUGCUGAGGACCCCCGCUCUGCGCACUCCAAGAAGAAGCUCAUUCGCCGCUUGAAACGAUCAAAAGCCUCUGAGACAGAGAGCGAUUCGGAGAGUAAUGAAGACCAGGGCUCUGAGUUUCCGCUGUUGAGCCAUUUUCUCCAGCAUUUUGUGAUGAAGCUGCCACUGCUAGCAAAGGACCUGGUCAACAAGGAGGACUUCUGGCAGGAGAAAGUCCAGUUAUUCUUCGAACACUUUAUGGAACAGCAAUUCAGCUCCAGUUUCGACCGUGAGGAGCUCACAAAGAGAAAGAGGCUUGCCACGAAGUUGUCAAAAAUGGUACUAUUGAUGUACAAUUCUGGCAUAGGCUGCAAAAAAGAAGUAGAGUACUUUGAGCAGGACAAGUUCGAGCUGGAAGGCUCGAAGAGACCUCUGAAGCAACAGAAACUGGAUCAAUUUGUUAUGCCUUCAAAGGAGAGUUUGAGAUAUCUUCUUACCGAGGAGCCGUAUUAUAUAAACGGUUGGGACUUCAACGUGAUGGCGGCGGUCAGCCACAAAACAUUGAAUCCUGAACCUCCGGCUAAAGCGAAGGCUUCAUCCAGUUCUGGUUCAAAAUGGAUGAAAACACCAGCGUUUCUUUCUCCUAGCUCCCUAACUUCACCCUCAAAGUUCUUUUCAAGGCUCACAAUGACCGAUUCCUCUUCUGAAAAAGGCGAGUAUAUCUUUGUUACGCGAAUCAGACAAGAGGGUGCUGAGGAUGCAUGGUUUAUCAACAAGAAGUACUCCGACUUCAAACGUCUUGUUUCCGAUCUAAACAAAGAAUUCCCUGGCAAGGAGCUGCCAAAGCUGCCGCACCAGAGCAAAGUUGGUGUAUCAUCGACUACUUCCUUUGAGGCACCCUCUGACAAGAGUAAUACAAGUCAACCGUCGACUCCUCGUGAGAAAAUUGUCUCCACGUUCAGCGAAGAAGCAUCAUCUCUUGAGGCGAUGCCUGACGAAGCAUUAAUCCGAGGCGGUGAUGACGAUGAUGACUUUCAAGACGCAGCAGAAACUGUGACAAAGCACCUGCCCAGGGAGAAAUUAAGGACAUCCCUGCGAAAGUUUUUGAGAGUCUUGGUUGAGGACAACGAGGUCGCACAAGGUGUCUCCCUAAAGAAAUUUGUUCGGGGAUCUAAGCUCGAGUAUGCAGCGCUUCCGCCUCCAGUUUUGCAGGACAUGAAAAGUAGAGAGGCUGUUGAUGUUGUCAACCUGGAAAACCAAAUUGUGUUCCAGAAACUAGCUUUCGAGCAAACGCUUCAACUGCAAAACGCGAUGAAAGAAUUCAAAACCUCUGUAUUGGAAGAUGAGGACUAUUUGUUGAAACUCUUUCAGGAGAUUAAAGUCAAGGACUGCGUGGAACAGCUUUCGCCCGCAUUGAAAGGCUUUAUGGGCUGGUGUAGGAUCAAUUUGUCCGCCACAAUAUACCAAACGUUUUUGGGUAACGACGGCGGUUAUGAGCUAUUUACGCAGGUUAAAAGGCUGCACAGGCUGCUUCCAUAUACUGUGAUGAUACAAAUCCUUAAAAUCACGAACCCGAUGGCUAUAAUGAAGGGUAUGAUGGAUUUGUUCAUGGCCCGUCCUUUUGGCGGAAACUCUCUGUUACAGAACAUGUUCUCUUCUGUUUUGAGCGAUGACCUGAAAUCUCAACUCAAACUGGCAAAGGAAUUGGAAGAGUCCGCAGCCAGAGAGAGCAAUUUUGGUUCUGAAGUUUCUAAGGUACUUGCUUCGGCUAUUUUUGAUAAUGAAGACGGAAAGCUUCUUGACAUGCAAGCAGUUCAUGAUGAAGCGGUCGAGAUGAACAUGCCUUUAGCCAUUGUUCUUGCUAUGAAGUGUAACGAGAAAGGUUACUUGUCCCAUGACGCGUUAGGCGAACUGAUCGAAUCAUAUUCCUUGUGGAAGACCCAAGAAAACACAACUAGCGAAGCAUUGUUCAAAACAGAUUCUUCGACUUCGAUUGAAGAUGUCCCAGGCCUUUAUUUUUCACACAUUAAGAGUCUGCUGCAAAUAUAUAUUCGCGAGCGUGACAAGAGGUUAAUGAAGCAGAUAUGGCAGGACCCUGAACUAUCCCAGUUGUUGAAGUCUAUCGUUGCGUUAUUUUAUGAGCCAAUGGUGAGAAUAUUCCGGGUUUCAAGAAUGGACGUUGCCUUCAGGAAUUUUGAAAGGUUUAUGAACGACCUUGUUUCGUUAUUGGAUGGCGUUAUAAAUGGACGAAACUCCUUCUCAACAAGCUUCAAUGUUGUAGACGCAAUCAACAAACUAGUUGAGAAGCAUGAGAACUCGUUGUAUCAGUUCAUUCAUGAGAUUUGCAUGCAUGAUACUGAAAAGACGUUUGAGGGUAUGAUAACAUACUUGACGUCGAUCGUUAAGUUUCUGCAGAAGAGCAAAUACGGCCAAACAGACAGACUAGAUCUGAGCGAAUUAGCAAAUGGGGGCGUUGCGCAAGGUCUCGAUACUGCGCUGUUAAAGAAGCAGCUGGCUGAACUCGUGAGCAGCAAAGAAGAAUCUCGCAAACUGUAUCAGAAACUGGUCGAUGCCAAGACGUCUAGCCCUGAUAAAAAGAGUGAAAAUCUCAAAGAGGCAAUGGAGCGCAAGUGGAAGGAAUCAAACGAGGCGGCUUUGCCAGAGACUGUUACGGAACUGGGGCUGCAAGAUGGUGAUCUAGUCGACUUAGACCUCGACGUGGGGGAUUAUGCGUAUCUGGAUGAAGAGGAACAGGAAGCUCUUCAGCAGGAGCAUCGCGAAAUUUUGGACAAAAAAGUUGAUUUGAGUGAGGUCUCCAAAAUGGUGGACGUUGUCUUCAAGGAUAAGCUCAAGGAAAUACUGAAAGUAUAG